AAUUUUAUGAUAGAUAUCUAGUUACCAGUAUGCAGAGAAUUUUACGAAUGAAGAAAGAACUUGAGAUGUUUUCUCAGUCCCCACCACAUGGUGUGUCUUGUUGGUCAAACGAUGAGGAUAUCACACAACUAUCAGCACAGGUUUUAGGAGGAGAAGGAACUCCAUAUGAAGGAGGUAUUUUUAAGCUGGAAGUUCAAAUACCUGACAGAUAUCCGUUUGAGCCUCCCAAAGUAAAGUUUCUGACCCCCAUAUACCACCCAAACAUUGACAGCGGGGGGAGGAUAUGUCUAGACACACUGAAGAUGCCUCCAAAGGGUGCCUGGAAACCAUGUCUGAAUGUAUCCACUGUGUUGACCAGUGUCCAGCUGUUAAUGGCUGAACCAAAUCCGGAAGAUCCACUCAUGACAGAUAUAUCCAAUGAAUACCAGUACAACAGGGCAACGUAUAUCCAGACAGCCAAAGAUUGGACGAGGAAAUACGCCAUGGAGGAAGUCAUACAAGCUACAAAGUCCACAGACUUAAGAAAGGAAGAUUCUCCUCUAGGACCAGAAAGAGUCAAGCCACUGAGUGAGAAGACUAAAGAUCUAAAGAGAAGUCAUUCCCCUCAACCAAUGGAGGAUCUGACAAACAAACUGUCAAGACAAUGAUGAACUUUGAUUGGAUGAAAUUCCAAAAUUUAGUCACCUAUUGUUGACCAAUCAAAUCACAGGUUCUGUAAAAAAAAAAACCCAAGGUUUUAACAAGAAGUUUUUUAUAGACUGUGAUAAUUCCAGUCAUCCAGUCACAAACAAACUUGAUGAAUACUGUAAUUGAUGUUAUGUGACAUUGUAUAGACACUGACUCAGAUUUAGAUAUAAGCAAAUGGGUUGGAAACAGAGAUAAUCAUAUAACUUCUAUAUGUAUUAGGUUUCCAUCUCUUCUAAAUCUUCUGUGAUGUGUUUACAGUGAGUAUUCUAUGAUACAUGUAUGUUUACAGUGAAUAUUUUAUGUUUACAGUGAGUAUUCUAUGAUGUGUUUACAAUGCAUAUUCUAUGAUAGUUUAUGCAAGCAUAUAAGUCAACUUCAAUUUACAACUGUAUCAGAACUUCGUAUCUUUAUAUCUUUAAAAAAAUAAAGAA